AUGCUUACAUUGGUCAAAAGGGGUACGACUGCCUUAGCCAGCAUAUCAGCACAUCGUCCUAUUCAUGUCAUUCUCAUCACUGCACUUUUCGCAUCCGUUGCGUAUCUCUCAGUGGUAGAUGAAUACAUUCCGGAGUUCUUCCGCGCAGACCAAUCUCUAUCUUACUACCACCCACCCUCAUCAUCACAAAAUUUUAAUGAUUGGAUUCCAAUUUCUAAUGAUGAUAUUAUAAAUUCAUACCCUGAAGCAGAGCAUUUAGUUAUGGUUUCCCUUAGAUUUAAGAGAUCUCACAACAACCCAAUCCCUGAGAUAAGUGAUUCAUUCAGAGGCAGCACCGAAAAUGAAAGAAUUUUGAUUACCAAAAAUGAUUCAAUUGAUACCAAAUUAGAUGCAAUCGAUAAAAUCACUUCAAGUGAAGGAAUCACUUGGAAGGCAAGACAUCAUAACAGAAUCACUAAAUAUUAUGAGUACGUAAAGUAUGGAAUUACCAAUUUGAAGGAAUCCAUUAGUAAUGCCGAAAAUUUCGACAUAGGGCUCAUUUCCUUAGCUUAUUUAGCAAUGUGGUACACUUUAUUGAAGGUAUUCUUUGAUAUGAGACAAAUUGGAUCUAACUUUUGGUUAGGUUUCUCAACUUUAAGUUCUUCAAGUUUUGCCUUUUUGUUCGCUUUAUUCCUUACCACGAGAGUCUUGGACGUUAAGGUACCUAUGUUACUGUUGACUGAAGGAAUUCCAUUUUUGGUUGCAAUUAUUGGAUUCAAGCAUAAAAUUUCCAUCGCCUCUGUUGUUAUGAAAAACUCUCAACUUACCGGAGAAGAUGCUAAAACCAUUGUCAGUAACGCUAUUUCUGGCCACUCUUUGAGUUUGUUAAGAGAUAACUUGGUUGCCAUUGGUGCUCUCACUGCUUGUUCAAUUUUGGCUCCACAAGUCAAUGGGUUAGCCCAAUUUUGUACGCUUUCUGCCAUUAUUUUAAGUUUUGACUUGAUCUUGGUUUACACAUUCUACCUGGCUAUUUUAGCAUUGAAGGUAGAAAUUAAUAGAGCAAGAAGAACUGAAGAUUUGAAAAUUGCAUUAGAAGAAGAGGGUGUUUCAUCUUUAGUUGCACAAAAUGUUGCACUUUCAAGCAGUGCAAUUGAAUUCCCAUCUGACGGCCAAAGUUUUCUUGUUGGUGAUAACUCAAUCAUCUCCUUUAAGACUGCUAUGAUUGCAGUUUUCGUUGGAUUUCAAAUAUUCUUAGUAGGUGGUGGCUCAUGGAUCUCUGAUGAUACUUACAAAUCAUUUACUUCAAAUUUCAGUAACCUUGUAUUUUAUAAAUCUACUGCAAAGCACAUCCCCAUUGAUAAAGCCAAUGGAACCAUUGUCACAUUGAUAACUCCAAGAAUUUAUAUGCCAAUGGGUUUCUUAGUAGAGAGUGAAGACUAUGUCCUACUCGCAUUGGAAAAGAUUAGUUUAGCUAUUAGAGAUAAAAUUAUUUCUAAAUGUUUACUUUUUGGAUUUGCCUUGAGUAUUUCAAUCAAUGCAUACUUUAUGAAUGCCUCAAGAUAUCAGGCCACUGCUACCAGAAAAUUGAUUGAAAGUGCCCAGGUUAAUGAAGAAAAAGUUAAUAGCAUACAAACAGAAAAAGUUCUCGUUGCUUCAAAGAGUAAAGAAUCAAAGUCUGCUGUUCCUAAUGGACAUGCAUCACAUUCCUUGUUACCGCUUGAAGACUGUGUUAAGAUUUUAAACGACGGUAAAGUCACUGAAUUAAAUGAUAAUGAGAUUUCAACACUUGUCGUUGCAGGAAAACUCCCACUCUAUUCGUUGGAAAAGAAAUUAGCCGAUAACACCAGAGCCGUUGCCGUUCGUAGAAAGGCGGUUGCCAAGUUAGCGAACGCCCCAGUUUUGGAUACCGAACGUUUACCAUAUGAAGGUUAUGAUUACGACCGUGUCUAUGGAGCAUGUUGUGAAAAUGUCAUUGGGUAUAUGCCAAUCCCAGUCGGUAUUGCGGGACCAUUAAUAAUUGAUGGAAAGCCUACUCAUAUACCUAUGGCAACAACAGAAGGUUGCCUUGUUGCUUCUGCUAUGAGAGGUUGCAAGGCAAUUAAUGCUGGUGGUGGUGUCCAAACCGUCUUAACUCAAGACGGUAUGACUAGAGGUCCAUGUGUUAGCUUUCCUACUUUAGCAAGAGCUGGUGCAGCUAAGAUAUGGUUAGAUUCCGAAGAAGGUCAAACAACAAUUAAAAAAGCAUUCAAUUCUACUUCUAGAUUUGCUAGAUUACAACAUAUUAAAACUGCUAUGGCAGGAACAUUAUUAUUUAUACGUUUCCGUACUACCACUGGUGAUGCCAUGGGUAUGAAUAUGAUUUCCAAGGGUGUCGAAUAUUCGUUGAAAUAUAUGGUUGAAGAAUGUGGUUGGUCAGAUAUGGAUGUUAUCUCAGUUUCAGGUAACUACUGUACCGAUAAGAAACCUGCUGCCAUCAAUUGGAUAGAAGGUAGAGGUAAAUCUGUCGUUGCUGAAGCUAGAAUUCCUGCAGAUGUUGUUCGUAAGGUUUUGAAAUCAGAUGUCGCAGCCUUGGUUGAAUUAAACACCAGUAAGAAUUUGAUUGGUUCUGCAAUGGCAGGUUCAAUCGGUGGUUUUAAUGCACAGGCCGCUAACUUGGUUACUGCUGUUUUCUUAGCUUGUGGACAAGAUCCAGCUCAGAACGUUGAAUCUUCAAACUGUAUUACAUUGAUGAAUAAUAUUGAUGGAGACUUACAAAUUUCCGUUUCCAUGCCUUCUAUUGAAGUUGGAACUAUUGGAGGUGGUACUAUUUUACAACCACAAGGAGCCAUGUUAGAUUUAUUAGGCGUCAGAGGACCACAUCCAACUAAACCUGGUGAAAACGCUAGACAGUUAGCAAAAAUUGUCGCAUCUGCUGUUUUGGCUGCAGAAUUAUCAUUGUGUAGUGCCUUAGCAGCUGGACAUCUUGUUCAAAGUCAUAUGCAGCAUAAUCGUGCUGGAGCUACAGCUGCGACCGCUGCACCAACUUCAAAACCUAUUGCAAAUGGUAAUGGUAAUGGCAAUGGUACAUCCAAUGGUGCCACUGCUGCUGAUAUUGCUCGUCUUAAGGAAGGCGCAGUUAAUUGUAUUCGUUCUUAG